GUGGAUUCAAAACACUAUAGGAAUGCAUGCAUUUUCUACUGAAAUGUGUUCGUUUGAAGGACAUUUCCUUCGGCAUGAUGUACAAGACGAGCAAAUUCACGAAAAACGUCGUUUUAAGAUAACAUUUUAGCUUUUUUAUGUCUCGUUGUCAACAUUGAAAACUUUCAAAACACAACCGCCGUAAUUACGGUAGAAGUUGGCAGGUUGGUGAGGCAGACAUUUUUUUUUAUGCGCGUUUAAAAGGAUUAGUACGGUAGACCAGCCGCGCCUACGUUCCAGGAAGCGUGAAGAAAGCUCUCGUUAAAUGAAAGAAGUGAGCUCUUGCAGGUCUCACGAAAUCGUUGUCAGUUGUAAGUGGUGAGCCAAGAACAAGGAAGAUGUUUUCACCGCGGGUCAUGAAAACUGCAUCGUUCUUAAUGUGUAGAGGGUUUUCCACUGGUCAAAUGUGCCGACAAGGGAAAGCUCCAGAUAUGGCUGAGGGAAACACAUUUUUACUUGUGAGCAAUGUUCGCAACAGGCUGAGAGAGAUAGUCGGAGCGUCCACCAACUGGAAAGAUCAUCAACAAGCAUUAGCCGAGCGUGCUUCACUAAGCCAGUAUCUUGCUCAGAGUCAAGAUGAACUUCCUGCAAAGACAAUGAAGGACAGUGCAAUUGAGGCGCAUCUUCCUCUGGGUACCCAGCCUGCCUUGAGAGAGAAAUACCUUAACUAUCACAACAGUGUCAGGUUUGGAAGGAUUUUGGAGGACCUGGACAGUUUAGCAGUGCUCAUCUGUUACUCUCACACAUGGAAUAAGGAGCUGAAAAGAUCCCCGCUGUCUAUUGUCACCGCCCUAGUGGACAAGAUCGACAUGAGAAAAAACAUCAUCUACCCAGACUGUGACAUCAAGUUCACAGGUCAUGUGACAUGGGUUGGCAAAACUUCAAUUGAAGCUAAAAUGCACAUGUCUCAGUAUCAUGAAGGGGCGUACACUGAUGUAUUAGAUGCCACUUUUGUAAUGGUGGCUAGAGACCCUGAAAACAAAAGGGCCGCUUUUAUAAACCCAUUAAAACUAGAAAGUCCAGAGGAAGAAGCAAUUUUUCAACAAGGAGAGAUUAACAAGACGAGGCGUGUGGAGCUGAGCACAGCGUCUCUUCUGAAAGUGGCUCCCACAGCUGAGGAGAGGACUCUCAUUCACAACCUGUUCCUCAACACUCUAGACGCACGAACAGUCAGCUUCCGGAGUCGUAUUUUGCCUCCCAACUCAAUGUGGAUGGAAGAUGCCAAAAUGAAAGGGCUUGAAAUUUGCCACCCACAGGAAAGAAAUAUAUUUAACCGGAUAUUUGGUGGUUUUUUGAUGAGAAAAGCCUACGAGCUUGGUUGGGCGAAUGCCUGUGCAUUUGCCGGGUGUAGACCAACGCUGGUUGCUGUAGAUGACAUUGUAUUCCGGAAGCCAGUAGAAAUCGGCUCUUUGCUAUUGCUGUCCUCACAGGUUUGUUACACAGAAGGGAUGCACAUCCAGGUCAGGGUUCACACAGAGGUUCUUGACCCAUUGACUCGGCAGCACAACACUACCAAUGUGUUUCACUUCACUUUUCGUGUUGAGAAGGAUAUCCCAGCUGUUGUCCCACAGAGCUAUGGAGAAUCUAUGCUUUACCUGGAUGGAAAGAGGCACUUUGAUGAGACCAUGAGGAGCCAAGGUUGAGAAGGAUGAGAGGAUGUGCUGAAAGGAUGAGAAUCCUGCCAAAGCUGAGAGGAUGGUCACCACUGUAGUUACAUGAGAGCGUGUAUAUGUGGAUUCGACUAUUAGUUUGUAGUCCAGUUUAUUUUAUAUUCACAAUAUAUCUUAUUUUUUGCUGCAUUUUACAUAAAUGUAAACUAUUAUUUUUUCACUAUUUUAAACAGUGGGAGAGGAGCAUUUAUUCAAAUGUUUUUUCUUGAUUGUGGCAAUACUGAACCUAUUUAAUCAAGACUAAUAACAGACCGUGUUUUGUUUGCACUACGAUGCCGAGUGAUUUUGGUUGUACUGGUGGAAUUAACCAGUUUUGUACAGUUACUGAUUUGAAUGCAGCCAAAGCAAUUCACUGAACAACUGGUAUCCCAGAAAAGUAUGUUUAGUAUAUGCAGAAAUUCAGAGAAUAAGUCCUGUCUUCCUUUCUUCAUCUCCUCAAAAGAAAACAAAGAUAUCCCAAACCGCAGAUCAAAUCUCAAAAACACUCCAAAAACUGUACCAGACACAUCCGCUGUGUGUUUUCCUGUUAAAUCUUCCUAUGUUUUAGAAUGCUGACAAAUAGGUUUUUAUAUAGAUACAUGUCUUUUUUUUUUUUAUUGUUUUAAAUGCAACAAACAACCAUGGGCCUUUCCAAAAGAUGGUAGUAUGGUUCAAAAAUGGACUCUGUAGGAUUUAAAAAAAAAUGUAAGUGGAAGUAAGUUCAGGGGGAUUAAUAUGAUACCUUUAAUGUACACACUACCUGUACCAGGGUGAUCCAAAAACGAAUGCAUGCCAUACAAAAUGUCAUUUUAAAAAUUGUAUAAGUAUUGUUUGUUUGUUUCAUAUAACACAGAAUCAUGUUUAUUUACAUCUGUAUUAAUGGGCUAGCAUUAGCCUUACGUAUAACGCACAUUGCAGAUGUGUAUUCUCUUUUUAUUUAUUCUAUGAGCGAAAGUGUCCAAUGGUAUUUGUAUGGUCAUGUGAUCAAAACAGGCUCCGUGUACAAUAAAGUAGUAUUAGCGUGCA